CGUUGGUUUAUAAAAAAUAUCAAUAGUGAUGGAAAAAAAGCUAUAUCAACGUCAACGUAUUCAAAUGAUUUCAUUAAAUCACAACCAUCUAUUUCCACAAAACAACAUCGAUUUAUGAAAAAUGUCAGUCGUAAUGGAACAAAAGCCAUAUCAAUUUCAACGUAUAUCAUUAAGCCACAACCAUCCAUUUCCACAAACCAGCACCGACUUAUGAAAAAUGUCAACCGUAAUGGAACAAAAGCUACACCAACGUCAACAUAUUCACAUAACUUCAUUAAGUCACUGCCAUCCUUUCCCACCAACCAACGUUGGUUUAUAAAAAAUAUCAAUAGUGAUGGAAAAAAAGCUAUAUCAACGUCAACGUAUUCAAAUGAUUUCAUUAAAUCACAACCAUCUAUUUCCACAAAACAACAUCGAUUUAUGAAAAAUGUCGAAAAUAUAUAUGAUGGAACAAAAGCUACGUCAACAUUAGCAUCCAUUAAUGAUGAUAUUGCUGUGAAUAAUUCAAAUAAUGUCAACAAAUUACUGUUAUCCACCCACAGAAAGAAGCUGGUACCACUGGUAGCGUAUGGUAUCUACCGUCCUGUUUCUUAUUAUGAUCUUUCGGAAUGGACUUUUCGUAUUUUGAAUGGUUAUGACGACGGCUACUUAAUACAAAUAUUCGAGGAUUGUGAUUACGUGAUUUUUACAAAAAUUGUU